UUAAUCGACUGUUACGUCGUAAGAUUUCAGAGAAACCUUUUUCCUUCAAGGACAUAUUAAAGAUCUUCGAUAAUUUAUCAAUCCCAUUGAAUUUUUUGAUAAUCUUACAAAUGGUAAACAUAUUAUCGUCCAAGUUUGAACCACCAACAUCAUUCGUUGGAAAAUCUUUACAAAUAAUUACAUUAUUAAUGGAAGGAAGAAUUUCGUCGGUCUUCGAUACUUCGUUAACGAUAAAAGGCGACCUCUUCACUUUACGUAGAGCACUAUAUGUUGUUUUAUCAUUCGAGUAACGAUCAAUAAAUGAUAUAGUUUGAUCGUCCAAAAUGCAAUAACCUAAACGUUUCAAUAUUUUCCCAAAAACGUCGUAUUUAAAAUUUCUUUCUUUCGUUGUAAGAUUGUUAUUUCUUUUUCGUUCGGUCUGAGUUCCCUGACACACGAACAUUCGUUGAUUGUAUUCGAAUUUUUCCACGUGUUCCCGCACAUCCGAUGUCUGCGGAUAGGAGUGUAUGGUGAAUUCCAUGGCUAUUAUAAAAAUUUGCAAUAUUACAUAAUGUAAAUAUCGUAACUCACUGGAAUUAUCUGACGAUAAAUUUGAUUUCUUUUUAUUUCCCGACAAUAUCUCCUCAUUUUCACUUUUUUUGUUCUUAUUUAUAUUACCUAGUUUGGAAUGGUGAUUUAUCUUCUGCUUCUCGGAUUUCUUAGGAUCUUGAACUUUUGAAAUAUUAUUAGCAAUCUUAUCGGAUAUCGUUGAAACCUGAGACGUUUUCUUAUUGUUCAAAGCAGAUCUCGAAUGAGAAGAUUUAAAAUUUCUUGACCAAGUUUUAACGGAACUUUCUGAUAUAUUCGGAAGUUCCUUGUUACUGGUACAAUACAAUUUUGCGAAAGAAUCGUUAAUAGUAUUUAAGGAUGCUCUUUUAGAAGCUGCAAUAUUUUUUACAGAUUGUUCUUUCAUAUUCAUCAUCGACGAACGAAUAUCUUUGAAGUUGCGAUCAUUUUUUUUAACAUUUGAAUUCUCAUUUAUAUCAGAAAAUGUUAAGAGAGAUGGAAAACGGAUAGUCGAUGAUGAUUCUCUUUCUAAAUUUGAACUUUCUAUAGGUUUUUCAAUAUGCAUGCGAUUGUUCACACGCGCAAUGCAGGACCAAAUUUUAUUUAGUGAAAUAUACGGCAACGAGGAAGAUAAUAUAUAUGUUAGAUCAAAAGAUCGCUCGUCGAUAAUUAAUUUACAAACUGGCUCGAAAAAUGCAAAGCCCUUAUUAUCUCGAAUUUUGUCGAUUAUCAAAGACGUUUUUUUACCUCAAGGAUUUCCUGACAGUGUUCAUCCUGAUUACAUUCCUUAUCAAAUAUGGGAUACAGUGCAGGCAUUUGCAAGUACCAUAAUGGGUACUCUCACAACUCAUUCAAUUAUGCAAGGAGUAGGUGUUGGAGAAUCUACUGCGACACCUUUAGCUGCAGCAAUAACUUGGAUUUUAAAAGAUGGAACUGGUAUGGUCGGACGCAUAAUUUUUGCAUGGUGGAACGGGACUGACCUAGAUGGACAAUGUAAAAAAUGGAGAUUGUUUGCGGAUAUUCUUAAUGAUGUGGCAAUGGGCAUGGAAUUACUAAUACCUUAUUUCUCAGCUCAUUCAAUGGCCAUAUUGUGUGCUUCAACCGCAAUGAAGUCUAUUGUUGGUGUAGCCGGUGGUGCAACCAGAGCUGCAUUAACGCAACAUCAGGCCUUACAAAACAAUUUGGCAGAUGUAUCAGCUAAAGAUGGAAGUCAAGAAACCUGUGUUAAUCUUGUUGCAUCUUUUGUUGGAAUUUUCAUACUGUCGUACAUUUAUGAUGGACGAUAUUUAUUGGAAUUAUAUGUCUUCUUGGUGGCAGUGCAUUUAUAUGCCAAUUAUUCAGCAGUUAAAGCUUUACGGUUAAACACAUUAAAUGAAGAUCGUCUUGCUUUGUUAGUUAAAUAUUAUCUUAUUCAUGAGACCGUUCUUGAUGCGGCAGAAAUUAAUAAAAAAGAAUCUGUUUUCCUUUUGGGGAAACCUACAAAAGAUAUAUGUGGUUUUCAUAUAAAAUUAGGAGUAUCACUUUCAUAUAUCUUUAAAAGAAAUGCCAAUAAUACAUUGGAAGAUUUUCUAAAAGAUUUUCAACAUAAAGAAUAUUUAAUAUUUGUGGAUAUUAAGGAAAAAAUUAUUUUUGUGGUACUAAAAAAAAACAUAGAACAGAAUGAAAUAUUAAAAGCAUACUUUCAUGCUUGCCUAUGUGGCAUAUUAACAAGUAUGACACAACGACUUCCAAUUGAAUUGUUAUUAACGACUGAAACAUGUAAACCUUCAUUUCCUUUAAUACGUAUAUAUCUUCUUUCUAAGAAAUAUCAUAGCUCUUUUUCAUCCAUAGAAACUACCUUUUAUGAUACAAAUACUAUUAUUGAAAAAGAGUAUCAAACUUUUGUAAAACAUUUAGAUGACAAAGGAUGGAAUUUGAAGAUUAAUCUUUUACCCAUGAAUUCAUGGAGAUGUGUAUGGAAAAAAUCCCAGAAAUAACUAUAAGAUCAGUCAAGAGAGAGAGAGAGAGAGAGAGAGAGAGAGAGAGAGAGAGAAAGAGAAAGAGAGAGAAAACUUUAUUUCUAGCAUUUUAUAAAAAUAUGACACACCUUUUUUUAAAUCUGUACAGUAAAGUCUUAGAAAAUUUGAACUAAGACUCUUGUUCCUGUUUUGGACCAGUUUGUGAUAAAUGUUUCACUAUAUCGACCCAAUCCCACCCUCGUGGUCUCUCUCCUUUUCCAUCUGCUUUAUUCCAUUGUCUACGUUUUUGAGCUUUGCUUAGUUGUUCUUUCUUUGGCCUUUUUACAGCUUCUUCCGCCUUUACGAUAAAGAAAUUUUUAAUUCUUAUAUAUUUCUUUGUUACAAUAUAACAGAAUAUUAAAUACAUAUUUUUUUUCAUCUA